AGCGAGCGAGUCAGCGAGGUAGUGAGUGGCUCCAGAAUCGUGGAGACCCAAGGACGGAAACCCGAGCCUUGGAGGCAACAGUUUGGCAUUUCACGGCAAACUCUAAUGAACCUCCAGGUCUUUGGUGAAUGUGACGGGAAACAAAAGACCAUUGGCCUUGUUGGAUCAAACAGUUUUUAAUGGUCUUCUAAGCCGUUAUACAAAGAUCUGGCACCAGGGCCUGCCUGGCAUAUGAAAGAUAUCGCCUGAAUGUGAAGCGACGAGACCUUAGUUAUCCGAAUACAAGAGCGAAUGUUUCGUUGCAUAAUUGAUGGGAACGAAAUGGACGACGGACACUUGAUGUCGAAGAGAAUUUUUGCCAAUUCAGCUGUGUUUCAACAUUUGAAGUGCUAGUGCCUGAAAAGUGAAGUUAUUUUUUAUCAUUCUCCGGGAUCUUCAAUAGCAAGACUGGCAAGAUGAGUUCAAGUGGUAGAGAAAAGCCCAAGAAAGUGAAAAGUGUGACGAUGAGUGUGGAUUUCUCCUCCAUGGACAUGGAGGACCGUAUCAUGGGAUCGCCGUCGAUCUCGAUUUCGUCACCACCCAAAGACAAUCCGCCUUUCUCGUUGGAUGACGACGAUUACACUCACGAGGAAUACUACACCGUGGCGAACACUCAAAACGAGGUCAACAGUAACUUAGAAUGUGCUUUCUCUGAGGUCGAUCCCAAGCUCAUCUUGGCGGCCUCCAAGUUUGUCCACGAGCUCAUUUUCCAAGCCCAAAUCGAGGCUCAAAAUCAACUGAUGGGCUCGAAACUCGACAAUAAUCUCUCCGACACAGAUCCUCUCCUUGCGGGAAAAGGGCAGAAAAGACCAAAGUUAGACUCCCAUUCAAGUGCAGAUGGAAACCUCCGCUUCAUCCGCGAAGAAAUCAAUAAGAAAUGUCGCCGAAUGUAUCGUGUGUUCCUCUCGUGUUAUGGAAAACUUCCCUAAGAAGCCACCAUCACGAUCCCAUUUUCCCUCCCUCUUGCCAUGUGGAAAUGCAUAAAUAAUACAUUCCAUUAAUCAGAACAACCACAACCACUACCACAAAUAUACCCAAGGAGGAAGGAAUCAAUCCCAUGUUGAAUCAGUGUUGGUUACGCCACUUGCCCACAAAUGAAAAUACUCACUGGAAAAAGUAAACGUUCAGGGUUGCCAAUUGGCGAGAUCACACUGAUCGAAAGAGAGGGCCGACUUUGAGUGGUUGAGUGGAGUUCCUCCCGUGCAUCUGUUGUUAAUGUCUAGUACGAGUACAUCAUACAUAUCUGCUACAAAUAACGGUCAUUAGUUGUGCUUUCUAACUAGACACAAAAAUGUACACCAUUUCAAAAGCCUCUAUGUCUUGCAUCACAAUACAGAUCACCGUCAAGGACACAACCACAUAAUCUAUAUAAUAACCAUUGUGAAUUGUGAGGACCUGGAUAUUUUUUCAAUGUGCACCUCUAGGCUCGAUUGAUUCCCUCAGUAAUGAGGGUAUACAUUGUGAUAUGUUCAUCCAUGUUAGUCCAACACCCAUCCCUGCAAUGUUCAUUUGAAAUGACGCUUGUCUCCGACAAAAAAAUAUAAAU